AUGGCAUUAACGCUGGCUGAACGAGCUCGACGUUGUCGUGAAAAGAAAAAGGCUACUGGUUUAUACGAAGUUUUGAAACAAAAAGAUAGAAAACGAAAGAAAGUUGCUCGUUCUAAACUUUCGCCAGCAGCUCUCGGUACAUUACGUAUGAAAACGAAAACAAAUGUCGACAAAUUUCAAGCUAAACUGAAGCAGAAACCUCCUCCAAAAAAAUCGACAAUCUCUGUCUUUCGUAAUAAACAAGUGAAAGGAAAAGCUAUGCGAAAACUUCUAAACAAUUUACUGACUAACAAAGAAAAGCCAACAGAAUUAGUUCGUGAUAUGGCAGAUAAGCUGGGAAUAUUAGUAGAAAAGAAAAGUGCUGAACGUCCUGGAAACGCAAUGGACCCCGCCGUUUAA